AUGUCGCGCCACCAAGCAGUCCGCAACCUCGAUUACGAGGAGGUCCUCGAUGAGUAUGAGGGAGAAGACUACGAAGAGGAAGUCAGUGCUGAGGACCGUGAGGCCAUGGCGGAAGGCAUUCAAUUCGUCAGAAGCAGCCUAGGCUCUGACGCCGACAAAGUCACGAUCCAACAAAUCCAAGAAGCACUCUGGCACUACUACUACGACGUCGAAAAAUCGGUCUCAUACUUGAAGAAGAAGUUCAUCGAUCCGCCACCGGCUCCCAAGCAGGAACCUAAGAAGAACAAGGAUGACGUUGAAGGUUCGGCAGGUGGCAUGGGUUUCUGGGGGUUGGACGACGAGGUUAUGAACGACGCAGGCGUUAGUUCAAACACAGGAUAUCCGGUUCCCAGGAUCGCGUCCUUGUCUGCGGCUUCUUAUUUCCAUGGGAUGCCUUGGAUGAACAUUCCCAAAGACCGACAGGCCGUCCUCAUCCACCCUCAACCUCUCCCUGGCGGUCUUCUUGGCGGUGGUGAAGGCCCUAAGCUCUCGAAACUCCAAGCUCUGGCCGCUGCGCGUAAGAAGAAGACGGAUGUCAAAGUCACAGACGACAAAGUUGAUCGAGCGGAGAAGCGCAUGUCUUCCCUGGCGAUUAAUGAGCCGUCCAAAGAGCAUGAGAGAUCUGGCUCUGGAUUGCUGGCCAAACGACAGAAGCUGUCUGCAGAUGCAAAGUCUCAACCUUCGACAUCCUCUCAGCCACCUCAGCAGGACCCAUCGACUUCGGACGCACCAUCUGGUAUGGAUGUCGACACGGCGAAUGGGACGCCUAAUGGGGAAGUUGAGCAGGCUGAAGAUGAAUGCUUUGUCGUUCCAUCUACCAGGCCAUCUGCUUUUGCCGCGACGCUCUUUGGACCUGGCCAGGACUCUGCUGCUACCUCUCAGACGUACACUAUGCCGUACAUGGCCUCUUCAGCCUUCGUACCUAGUGCCUUCGCCCAGCCCAGUCCUGAUGAUAUUGUGCUCGCUGCUCAGGCGAAAGCGGGCAAUAAAUUCGAUGCCGCUGCCGCCAAGAGCGCGACUAAGAAAGUGGCCACGAAAUCGAAAGCUGGCGAGGCUCCUACCGGUGAGAUGAAGGAUCUCCAGCUCGAAGAAUCGGCAGCACCGAAGAAUAAGAAGCUCGAUGUGCUGAAGGAGUUCGAGACAAGCGAGAAGAAGCGGAGCGCAAGUUUCGUGGUAGUAGGCCACGUUGAUGCAGGAAAGAGUACCCUCAUGGGCAGGCUGCUGCUUGAACUGAAGUUCGUGGAGCAGCAUGUCAUCGACAGGUAUCGACGCCAAGGAGAGAAAAUCGGCAAGUCAUCAUUCGCACUUGCCUGGGUGAUGGAUCAGAGAGAAGAAGAGCGCGAGCGCGGUGUUACCAUCGACAUCGCCACAAAUCAGUUCGAGACGGACAAGACACAGUUCACUAUCCUGGAUGCCCCGGGCCACAGGGAUUUCGUCCCCAACAUGAUUGCUGGAGCCAGCCAAGCCGACUUCGCCAUUCUCGUCAUCGAUGCCAACACCGGCGCCUUCGAAAAGGGCUUGAAGGGGCAAACGAGAGAGCACGCCCUCCUUCUCCGCAGUCUCGGCGUCCAGCGGGUCAUCGUUGCCGUCAACAAGCUGGAUAUGGUCGGAUGGUCAAAGGACCGCUUCGAGGAAAUCCAAGAACAGGUCACUGGCUUCAUGAAGGGCAACGGCUUUCAACUCAAGAACGUCACCUUCGUUCCCAUCUCCGGUCUCAACGGCGACAACCUGGUAACAAGACCUGACGAUGAGGCCUUAUCGUGGUACACUGGCCCGACACUCAUUGAGGCGCUGGAAGAGUCGGAACCGAUGACAAGAGCGCUCCAGAAGCCUUUCCGCAUGUCGAUUUCAGAGAUCUUCCGCUCGCAGCAGAGCCAACUCACAGUCGCUGGUCGGAUAGAGUCCGGAACAGUACAGAACGGCGAGUCGCUCGUGGUGCAACCCAGCGGAGAGUCAGCUUCAGUUCGAUCAAUCGAGGUCGACGCGGAACCUAAGGACUGGGCAGUUGCUGGUCAGAACGUCAAUAUCGGUCUGUACGGCAUCGACCCGAUUCACGUGCGCGUCGGCGACAUCAUCAGCACUAAGGCAGCCCCCAUCGAGACCAGCGACAGAUUGACGAUGAAGGUGCUGGCUUUUGACCAUCUGAUGCCGCAGCCUGUAGACGUUCACCGUGGCCGUUUGCAUGCCGCUGGACGCAUCGAAGCCAUUCCGGCCGUUCUCGACAAGGUGACGGGAGUGACCCUCAAGAAGAACCCCAAGAUCGUGCAGCCCGCCAAGGUUGCUCGUGUAGUUGUCAAGCUGGACUCCAAGGUACCGCUGGAGGCAGGCCAAAGAGUGAUUCUGAGAAGUGGCGGAGAGACAAUCGCCGCAGGAUUGCUCGAGUAA